AUGGCCGAGCACCUGGAGCUGCUGGCAGAGAUGCCCGCGGUGGGCAGGAUGAGCACGCAGGAGCGGCUGAAGCACGCCCAGAAGCGCCGUGCCCAGCAGGUGAAGAUGUGGGCCCAGGCUGAGAAGGAGGCCCAGGGCAGAAAGGGCCCCCGGCAGCGGCUGCGGACGGAGGCGGCGGCUGGCGGCGGGCUGCAGAAGCAGGUGCUCUUCCCUCCCAGCAUCACCCUUCUCGAGGCCGCUGCCCGGAACGACCUGGAAGAAGUCCGCCAGUUCCUACAGAGCGGGGUCAGCCCAGACCUGGCCAAUGAGGACGGUCUGACAGCCCUGCACCAGAGCUGCAUCGAUGACUUCCGGGAAAUGGUGCAGCAGCUGCUCGAGGCUGGGGCCACAGUCAAUGCCCGCGACAGUGAGAGCUGGACCCCCCUGCACGCUGCGGCCACCUGCGGCCACCUGCACCUGGUGGAGCUGCUCAUUGCUCGGGGUGCCGACCUCUUGGCAGUCAACAGCGAUGGAAACAUGCCCUAUGACCUCUGUGAGGAUGAGCAGACGCUGGACUGCCUUGAGACGGCCAUGGCCAACCAGGGCAUCACCCAGGACAGCAUCGAGGAGGCCCGGGCCUUGCCGGAGCUGCACAUGCUGGAGGACAUCCGGGGCCUACUGCAGACAGGGGCCGACCUGGACGCCCCUGGGGACCACGGGGCCACGCUGCUACACAUCGCCGCCGCCAACGGGUUCAGCGAGGCAGCGGCGCUGCUGCUGGAGCACCGGGCCAGCCUGGGCGCCAAGGACCAGGACGGCUGGGAGCCGCUGCAUGCCGCGGCGUACUGGGGCCAGGUGCACCUGGUGGAGCUGCUGGUGGCACACGGCGCCGACCUCAAUGGAAAGUCCCUGAUGGAAGAGACGCCUCUUGACGUGUGCGGGGACGAGGAGGUGCGGGCCAAGCUGCUGGAGCUGAAGCACAAGCAGGAUGCGCUCCUGCGGGGCCAAGGCCACCAGCGCUCUCUGCUGCGCCGCCGUACCUCCAGUGCAGGCAGCCGGGGGAAGGUGGUGCGGCGGGUGAGCCUGACCCAGCGCACCAGCCUGUACCGCAAGGAGCAUGCCCAGGAGGCCAUUGUGUGGCAACAGCCACCGCCCACCAGUCCGGAGCCGCCAGAGGAGGAUGAGGACGGCCAGACAGACACCGAGCUCGGGCCACCGCCCCCGGAGGAGGAGGACCCCGAAGUGUCCAGGCCACACAACGGCCGCGUUGGGGGCACCCCGGGACGGCACCUGUACUCCAAGCGGCUCGACCGGAGCGUCUCCUACCAACUGAACCCCCUGGAGAGCGUGGCCCCCGACAGCCAAAGCCGCAGCCUGGGCCGCUCCAAGGCCCACCACACCCUGGCGGAGCUCAAGCGCCAGCGAGCGGCCGCUAAGCUGCAGCGCGGGCCCGAGGCCCCCGGGUCCGGUCUGCCCGCGGACACGGAGACCCCCCGGCCUGAGAGUGGCUCCGGGGCCGGCGGGGACCCACCCCUGCUCAAGCUCACAGCCCCCUCCGAGGAGGCCCCCAUGGAGAAGAGGCCCUGCUGUCGGCUCAUGUGA